GCCGGGUUUCCAUUCAUUACGUCGCCUUGUGGGGGGCGCCGCUCCGACGUUCCGCUCGCCCUGCUUCAGUCUGUUACAGUGUCGCUGUGCUGUUGCAUUCGGCAACGUUGUAUCCCGACUGAGGGAACGGCGGGGUAAAGGAAGGGCAAUUUCUUCCCCCCUCCAACCUCCAGAGGGAAAAAAAACCUAGUGGGAAGGAGGAAAACCAGAAGGAAGGAAGCAAGGAACAAAGGGACACGCAUUGAGCAAUGCGCAGAGAUGUUUCGCUCCUAAAUCCAGCUCCCACCAACGUCGCCUCUUGAAAAGCCGAAGCUGUACAAUGUAUCGUGACUGCAUUAUGAGAGAUAACAAAUAAACCCUUCCGCGGUUUGAACUCACUUGUACACACACACAAAAAAGGAAAACGUGCGGGAAGUGUCGGCGGAAACAGUCUAUCUGGCUUUGUUUUACCCUGCAGACUGAACGCAUAUACGUAGCAAUUUUCUUUUUGUUGUUGGUUGGAUUUCCAAGGGAGGGUAUUUCAUUUUCUUAAAACAAAAAUUGGGGGAGAUCUACGUUGCCAGGAGGAGAAGGGGGCGAUGUAUCCGCAAGCUAGACAGUCGGCUCCAUCACAGUCAGCACAACAGUUGAAGUUUACUACCUCGGACUCCUGUGAUCGAAUCAAAGAUGAGUUUCAGUUUCUGCAAGCCCAGUAUCACAGCCUCAAGUUGGAAUGUGACAAACUGGCCAGUGAAAAGACAGAAAUGCAGCGUCAUUAUGUCAUGUAUUAUGAAAUGUCUUAUGGCUUAAACAUUGAAAUGCACAAACAGGCUGAAAUUGUCAAAAGAUUGAAUGGAAUCUGUGCUCAAGUCAUCCCUUUCUUAUCUCAGGAGCAUCAGCAGCAGGUGGUUCAGGCUAUAGAGCGUGCAAAGCAGGUGACUGCCCCAGAGCUUAAUACCGUCAUCAGGCAGCAGCUUCAGGCACAGCAGCUGUCUCACCUCCAUGGACUCACAGUGCCCACUCUUCCUCUUCCAGCUGGCCUGCAGCCUCCUGUCAUUCCGUCGGUCAGUGCCAGUGCUGGGCUACUGGCGUUAUCCAGCGCCCUGGGCUCACAGAUCCACCUCGCUACGAAAGAUGACAAGAAUCAUCACGAUAGUGAUCACCAGAGAGAUGAGGGAGUGCAGAAACCGGAUUAGGAACUUUUGAGGAUCAUUCAACACAACAUCCUUAAUGAUCUUUUGGUGUUUGUUUUAAUGCCUGUAUAUAUCUCGGAGGUGGCAAUUUUGUGCUGUGUAUGUUAUUAUUUAGGGGAACAAAACUUAUUUAAAGCUACAGUAUAUUAUUAAAAGCAACUUUGUUUUAGCAUGAACAAAGCAGGAAUACACACUAAAUUUGAAGUUGCCUCGGACGAGGCCUUAACUUAUUGGCUUGUCCACCUAACGGACAUUCUAGUGUUCAGCGUUUCCAAGGUAAAAGCUUCUGAUUCAGCCAGUCCAUUGAAGUCAUGCUUUGCAGGAAUUCGCCUUUUCCUACUAGUUGUCUCCAAAAUUGGGUUGUUAAGUGAUUAAUUUUGUGGAAUGACCUGUAAAAGUUCAGCUCACUACAUUCUCAGAAACCAAAGCAAAUUUGCCAAAUUUGUGGUGAAGUGAUGGUCAGUCCUAAUGAAUCCAUUCUUAAAUGGCCUGUGAACAACGCUUCAAUAAGACAAGUUACCUUGAACAAAAUCUUUUGUCAUCUGGUAUUCCCCUAGAUCUGUAAAGGUUUUACUGUCUUCUUGCUACUUGUGGGCAAUUUUCUUCAUUGCGUCAUGACGUUUUGGCCUACAGUCAUAAUGAUUUUUGCUUAAGUUAGAGAUAACCACUUAAAUUAUUUUGUCAUCUGCUUUUUCCCAAAUGGAAAAGAGGAAUAUAUUGCAUUUCAUUUCAGAUUGUGCCAAAUCUAGUAAGAAAACUCUGUGGUAAAUGUGCUUGUAUUUUGCUUGAGUUUGGUUAGAUGGGCAUCAAAAUGGUGGCAGCCAUAUAGGUCAACUUAAAACAAAAUGGUGGCUGCUUUAAAGAAACCUCUAAAUCUUUGCAAAAUGUUGAAGGAGCUGGUGGCUGUGCAGUCAGGUUUUUCAGAAAGCUACUCUGGUGAGGAAUGGGAGGGAAAAAUUAUGGAAACCUUGUCGAUGAAGAGCCCUCUGGAAUUUAACCUUAAAUAUUGUCAACAGCAGUAGGCCCAAUGUUAACCUGCUAGGGACUGGUACUCUUGUCCAAAAGAUGUUAGCAGUUGAAAGUGGGUGUGGAGAAUAUUUGUUUUCAGUUUGCCUUUUUAAUUCACAGUAAACAGAAUAGCAGCAAAGAAAUGGGUACAUGAAGUGAGAGUUGAGGAUAAGUUGAGACUGAGUUGGCCCUGUGAUUGGUUAUGUUGUAACAGAGAUGCUGUCACUUCAAGUUGACAGUAGACUUUUAAAUGUCCUUCACUGUUUAUAACAUGGGGAUUUCCCUUCUCUUUCUACCCCCCACCCCUGUUCAGUUCCACUUCAAGCCAAAAGAAGUAGUAAUGACUCUGACUCCUCUGUCUAAUGGCCAUUGGAUGAACUAAUGAGCAUGGAAUUAAUUUUGCAAAGGAACACUGAAAAAUUUUGGUUCUGAGGCACUUCCUAAUGUUUCCAUAGCAUGGCACAGAUUGAUGACAGCCGUAGUUGCUUAUAAUUUGUGUUGGUUUUAGCCCGAAUUAUGAUAAAUUUAACAAAUAGGCUUUUAAAAUUGAUUAAUGGUAGCCUUCUCUCAUCCAAGUCUGUGGUAGAGAGGGUGGAAAUUAACCCCAGUAUCUUAAGUUGAUGACAACAGAACAAUAAUGCAUGAAGUGAGCAAAUGGCCAAAGAUCAGAUGAGCUUUGAGGCACACCUUAAGGGUUAUGUGUUACAAAUGAUCACUGGGGCAAGAUCAGUUUACCACCUGUGCUUUUCAGUGAAUAAAUUUGUAAGUCUAUCGUUUGGUGAGAAGUGGGAGAAAAGUUUUAACAACAAGCUGAUGGAUGGGGUUCCUGCUCAUUCAACCUCGACAAUCCCAACUUCUAUAACUAUCCCCCACACAUCCAAUUUCUGCCUCCCAUGUGCACAAAACUUGCAGAACCUGACACCCCUCCGCUGCCCCACCCCCACAAAACAACGUCCUGCAUCCAAAACCAAGAUAUCAAAGAGUUUUGGUAACAUGGAAUCCUAGAAUGUCACGAUAAAGAAUCUUUUUAUUUAACACUCGCCUUUCUACACAAGUUCCAUGCUAAUCCCUAAAACAACAAAUCACCUUGCCUGCACGUCCAAACAGGACUACAGUCAGCUUCCAUUAUCAUAAAUCUUCCACAUUCCCAUUGGGUUCAAAGUUGACUUUUUGUGUGUAUUUGUUAGGUAUGGCCUCUAUUAGAGUAAAUAUGGUAUAUUUUGUUCUUGUCUAUAUAUUCUGGUUACUGAGAGCAUAUUAUUGUACAGGUCACUUUUAAGUGGAUUAGCAGGACCUUGGUUGUAUUAGAAGACAUGAAUUGGAUCCUAGUGCAUUUUACUUGGAUAACAUUGGAAUUUCUUGUGCUAUUGAUGGAUUUCCAAAUAAGAAAAUUUAUUGAAAUAAGUGUUGAACUACACUGUGUAUAUACUACAGCUUUAAAUGUUAGAUCACUGAGAAUUUCUUCAGUUCUUUUAUUUGCUUAUGAUUUAAAACCAGCUCCAAUGCUACUGCUGCUGGCUGGCUUUAGGCCACCUCUCCCUCUUCCUCUGGUGUGCCAGAUACAAUUAUUCAUUUAAAGUUGGCUUGUAUCCCUCGACUUACGGCCCGAUAUGUGCUUAGAAGAAAAUCGUCCAAAGAUGGUAACUUUCUAUAGAGCAUAUGUUAAGCAUUCAGUCAUUAAAAUGACUUUCUUUCCAGAGUAAAGUUUAAAGUAAAACUCAGCUCUAAUGGGGAAGUGGUAGUUUUCCUCACGUUAUCAGUUUAUCUGUAGUAGGGGGGCAGUUAAACUGUCUUGUCUUGCUGUGUUGAUGUAAAGCAAUUUUGCUUUGCAAAGACCAGAGAACUUGUUGCAGGCAGAUUUCAGAGUGGAUGGCUGAACAUGUUAAAGUUAGUGAAUACCUUCUCCAGUCUGGAGUAGUAUUGACUUUUUUUUGUCUUUGGUUUUCAUGUGCAAGCUGAUGGGCUUCUGCUAUACAGGUCAAUGCAAGUGACAGUUUUCCACCAAACCCACCGGUCCAACUCCAGAUCCUUCGCUCUCAAAGUACUGCUUUCUCUGUUUAGCUGUUCCAUUUGCCUGUUUACUUUGCAUGAUGUGCACAUGGAUUGUGCAUGAGUUGCCAUAUCAAUGGCUGUAGCAUUCGCAUAACCUUGGGCCAGGGGAUCAGCUUUUCUUUGAGUAAAAUGAUGUUAAACCUCAGCUGAGCUGAGUGCAGUAAAAUUACAGGGAGUGAAAGAGCACCCUUAAAUAUUGAGGCACUUUUGCGAGUAUUCUGAAUCAGCUUAAGCCAUGGUCUGUGUUCACUUAUUGAGGCUACAGUUGUUUUGACAUCUAGUAAAACUAGAAUCAGUGCUGUAGUUGAGUUUUAUCACCUGUGUGAAAGAUCUCCCUUGCCUGUUAUAAAUGCUUUACCUUUCACUGGGAUUAGUUUCCCUUGCAUACAUUAUCAGUGUAGUGGGUGAAGUGGUGGAUUGGAAUUGGUGCUCAUGAGUCAUGUGGAGGCCUGGCUUGGUAUUUGAGCAUCUUGGCCUGUUCCCUAGUGGGACAAACUCCCUCUGGAUCAUUACACAGGGAGGAGAUUCAGACAGGAAGCUAAUUUACAAUAGUCAUAUGCCCUGAAUUUCUUUACCGGAAUUGAGAUCUUGGGUGAGUUGGCCUAAAUGAAUAAACAGCAAUCACUGGCAUAAGAUCUGGCAUCAAUGUACUCAGAUUUUAAAUGAGGAAAAAGCAAGUUCUAGGGAAUCUAUUUACUAUUAUGCUUGCUUUCUGCUUUCAAAAUAAAAUUGAGCACUAAUUCACCAAAAAAGUCCCGUUUUCUCCUCACCUUUUCAUUUAAACGUGAAACUUUUUAGGCACUUUUGUUUAAAACAAAAAUCAUCUUGUAGUUUUUGGCAAGCGUUGCCUAUCUUGCAUCUGAUAUUUAAUUUUUAAAAAAUUUUGGCACAAUGCCAGUGAAAGAAUAGAUUCUGUACAACUAGAGUAAAUGCAAAAGACCUUGGAUCUAUCAGAAAAUGGGCAGCUAACUAUUGUGGCCUAUUGAUCCUGGGGCAUAUUCACUCUGGCAGGGUCUCCACCCAGAAACAUGAGACUGACCCCGCUCUUAACACCUGCUGGAGACCAGCUCUAGGUUUCCACACUUAGCAACCUGAAUAGCAGGGAUUAGCCAAUAGUUCUCAGAAUAUUCCAGAUUUUCAAUGCAUUCAACUGAAUCUAGGAUAAAAACAAGAUAUGGGAAAUACUCAGCAGGUCAAGCAGUGUCUGGAGAGACAGAAGUAGAGUUAAUGUUUUAGGUCGAUGACCUCUCAUCAGAAUUAGGGUUGAAUUCCACAGUCAGUGACACAGCUUUUGUCAACAGUUACAAGUAUUUUUGAAGAAACAAGGAACUUGCACUCAAUUGAGCAAGCACCCUAAAAAAUCAAAUUUAUUGCAGCUUUAAGAUGAAAUUUAGUAAAUAUGUGGUCUCUUAUGGUCACUUUCUUUUAACUUAAUUUUGUUAUUUAAUGAAAUGAACUGAACGUGUAACAUGCACUUAACUGCCUCGCUCAUUUAAGUCGAGUGUAAUGUAUAAUCAUGCUGCAAUCUGCAGUUAGUUUAAAACAGAGCUGUGUGCUUGUACAGGUUGGUGCAUCUCAUCCAUCCCAGCAAUCUGCCUGGAAAUGGUGUACAAUAUCAGUGCUGUGCUCUCAGAUUAGACAAAGGAAAAUGGCUAUAUCCUGACCUGCAUUGUUAGCCAAUAAUCACUGAAAAUUUUAAAAACUAGUAAUAAUGGGGAAAUGUACAAUUUUAAUGGGGCAAUUGUGUGAAAGAGAAGCUGUUGGCCCCUUAAGUACAAAAGUGCUUUGCCGCUCUUAUACACAUCCUAUUUACAAGCUGUUCUCUGUAAAAUUUUAAUGCUGAAUAUUAUCAACUAGAAUUAGUACAAAACUCCGCAAUAUUGCUCAAUUUCACAGUAUUUGCAUAAAUUACAAAUUUAAACUUUCUAUACAGUGGAUUCUAUUUACGAUCAAAUCCCUCUUUAAGGAAAACUUUAAAACAAAAGAUCUAAAUUUUUGGGGAUCAAUAAUUGCUUUCAUUUCUGUGGGAUGGAUUUGAUCUUAGAAAUUUUAAAAUCUCCACUGUUUAUUUUCAUGCUGUCUCAGUCCUCAAAGGGUUAAUAAGGCUCCCAGCGAUAACCAAUGUUUUAGAGACCUUCCUGAAUGUCAUAGUAUAAUGCAUAACCUCUUUCACAAUGGAGUUAGGAGAAUGGUUAUAAUUAUUGAAGUAAUCCAUCUGAUGCUGUGACUUCAGAGCUUCAAAUCGCUUAUAAAAAAAUUUUAAAAAAAACACUUUGCUUUUAAAAAUCCAUUUGUUUCCACUGGUGCAGCAGAGGCUGUGUACUGCAUUUGCACCAGUAUGGUUUGUAUGACUAUGUAUGCAAAUUGUGUUGAAGAUUUAAUGUGGCGGUGUUAAAAUACAUUUAUUAUGUCUUAAAUAAAACAAAAGUGUAUUAAAUUAGUUCGCUAGUGCUGUAAGGAAAUAUCUAUGGUGCCUUACAAUAAAAGCAAAUGUGAUUAAAUUA